AUGCAAAUUAAUGCACCUCUUCUCCUGUGCAAUGCAAACACGCGUAAAAUUGUGUCACUGGAGUGUGCAAACAAACUUUUCCUAUUUAAGGAGGAUGUUCUUUUUAAGGUGUCAUUUGACAUCCUGGAUCCAGUGAAUGCAAUGGAGCAGAAAUUGUGGAGACAAAUUUUUGCGCUCACAUGCCUAUUACCAGUGUGCCUAGGAGUGGCCACCGAUGCCGACUGCACCGGCACAACAAACCCUCCCUCUGCGUGUGAAUCACCCACUUCCUACAAGCAGUGUCAGUUCAACCCCAACACCGGUGUAUUGGAACUAUCACCGACGAUUACUACAACAGUCGAUUGUACUUCAGGACAGACAUGUUACAAGGACAACACAAAAGCCACAGACAAAACAACUCCGUGCGGUGCUCCACCGCCGGCAUGCACAGUCGAAGGGAAAUUUGCCUUCAGAGAAAGAGGCUGUUCAAUCUUUUACUCCUGCGUUAGUGAUGGCGGCACCAAUUUCCAGCAGGCAAUAGUCACUUGUACCUCUGGCUUUGAAUACAGUGAGGUCCUAAUGAAAUGCGAGCCGAUCGCCACUGCAAACUGCUCCGUGCCUCUCCCGGCGCCCACUUUGCCUCCUGCGACCACUGCCAAGCAAACCACGUCAACCACCCUUGCCCCUACAACAGCAAAACCCACCGUCGCCUCUACAACCACACCCAAGUCAACCGCCGCCUCUACAACCCCUGCAACCACCAUCACAACCAGCGCCCCUUGCAAUAAUAUUGGCGCUCGAUCUGCCGACCCCAAGAACUGCCGCAAAUUCAUGAGGUGCUCGAUUCAGAAUGACAAGAUUCAGAUGGUCUCGAUGCAGUGCCCGUGGAGACUCAAAUACGACGAGAACAAGAAGAUCUGCCGGAGAAAUGUUGAAUGCGGAACCAGGUCUAUUCUUAAUUGA